UGAGAAAACGCUGCCACAGUAUUACCCAUGAGCCACGAGUUACCGGCUUAAUACUUAACUGUUUUCUAGUUAAAUAACUUUAAUUUUAGUGAUUAAAUUGUAAUACAAACGACAGAAAUCAAAGCUGUCGGACCCUUUUCAGCACGCGGGGGUGGAUGUUCUUCAUCUUACCUCAAGAAAAGCACGGCUAAGAAACAACACCAGGUUCUGCAGACAGAACAUGCGGUUUAUUAUUUUACUAACCUAGGUUGACGAAACCGCAGCAGUAUAUUAUACGACUUCUGAGGUUUUAUAAGCACUUCAGGGUGAAGUUCAUGUUCCUGAAGGUCUUCCCCACACUGACUGAACCUCGACCAAGGAGAAAAUCACAAGUUCUUUAUCAUCAAGAAAGCAAUGGAGGCACAGUGUGUAGGAGAGAGCGAUGGACUGACAUUCUGGCUGGCCAAACCACAGGACUAUGAUGAGGUGAUGGCAAUAUCACAUGGCAUUUAUGCAGGCAAUGACUACCUUCCUCAUCGAUACCACAUCUGGAUGACAGAGAAGGACAGAGUCACCAUUAUUGCCAGAAGAGAUGGAAAGUUGACUGCACUGGAGUCUGGAAUUGUGGUGGAUGAAGGAAAGUCAGUGGUGGUAGAGGGGCUGAGGGUGUGUCCGAGUGAAAGGGGUCGUGGUGUGGCUGGAGUGAUCCAGAAAGUGACUGACAGAUAUAUUAAGCAGAUUUACCCAAGUGUCAACAUCAAACGACUGACCAGAGGUGAUGAUCCAGGACCUGAAAAACUCUCUAAGUUCAUUUUUCUGGCUCGACGGGCUGUCCUGUCUUUGUGUGGAGAAGCUGAGAAGUUUAAUAACUUUGUCUUAGGAUUGAAAGCAAAACUAGAUAGUAUAGAGAAGACAGAACAAUCUACUACUAACAACCAACUGACUGUUCUGAAGGAUGAUCAGCAACUCAAAGCCCUCCUCCUGGAUCCUGACCUUUCCACCAGACUUCAGCUUCCAGGAGGUGCCAUCAUCCAGGACUGGCUGCCCCUAAAACCACUGGAAAGCAACUUAGAAAUCUUAAAGAGAAAGAACCUUACGUGGUUAGCUGACACUUCUAAUGACAAACUGAGAUUCUUGAGCUUCCACACACCUCCAUAUCCUGUUCCUUUCAAUGGAGGUUCCUUGAGGUUGAACAUUGACCUAUAUGGGGAGGACCUUCGUCUUGCAAGAAAGGCACUGAUAACCCAUUUGGAGCAGGUAAUGGGGGAGCUCCGUGGCACUGUGCCUGUUCAUAUCUACAUGCCUCAAACUCUGUGGGCAGGCAUGCAGAAGUUCUGUGAGGGAGAUGAGGGAGUGAAGCAAAUCCAUAAGUACUGGGAACAGCUGUUUUUGGAAAGAGAAUUGUCAUGAUUGGAAGAAAAGUGCGGAAGGAAAAUCAGAUAUGUUUUUGAGAAUCUAGUGAAGAGGGCUUUACAUUAUUGAUUUUUCCUACUAUGCUUUACUAAGAAACAAUGAAAUACUGUUUUACUACAAACUAGUGUAAUUAGUGAGUUAUUGAUAAAAAAAAACGUGUCAAAUUUAAUAAAUCAUAAAAAAUGAAACUGUUAAAACACAGAAUGACAUGUCAAAAGCCAUGAGACAGAAACUGGUCACAUGUUCCAUUAACUUGUGCCAUGUUCUGUGGAAGCUAAGGAAGACUGCAAUGAUAUGCUGGAUUUUUAGUAUGGUGAUUCUGUAUUAAUUGUGUAUGUGAUGUCUGUUUACACUGUUUGUCUGGUACACAAUGUUGAUCGAGUGAUGUUAAAUGAUUACACAACUUGUGGAAGGUCCCAUCCAUCUGGCACCCUGUAUUAGGCCUUGCUCAAACUAUGAUCAUUAAUAAUGCCUUGCCAUGAGCACACAGGCCAGUGUUCAACCUGACUCACAUGGCAUUUUGAUGGUUGUUAACAGUAGGCUACUGAGAAGGAAUCUUUAUAGGACAUAUAUAAUAGUAUAUUAAGCGUGUAACUGAUUUAUUGAGAUAAAAAAUCAACAUACAUGAUAAUCAA